AUGCGUAACAGUGACCCCCACAAUGUCUGGCAAUACCACAUAGUACAAUGGGGCAUUGAAUUCCCUUCGAUCCUCCACCUCAUUCUCGCUCUAUCCGCGCUACAUCUAGCCUUCGAGCGCCCCGAUGAACGAAAUAAAUACAUCCAGAAAGCAGACGACCACUUCACAUUCGGCGUACGAACAGUCACCAAUCUUCUCUCACUAGAGGAUCUAGACGAAGGGAACUGUCAGAAGAUCUACAUGUCCGCAGUCCUAAUAAUUUUCAUAUAUUUCGGCCGAGGACCACGACCAGGGGAAUAUCUUAUUUUCAGCGACACCGGUCCAGCAGAAUGGCUCGUCCUCAUGCAAGGCGUCAAACUGACCGUACAGUCACAUCACCAGAAGGUUUUUAGUGGGAUUCUCAAGCCUGAGCCUCCAGAGCCGUUACCUGCUAUCAGCCCAUCGAUGGCUCUCGAGCUUCACGAGCAGACCGUGUACACGCAAGCAGCACAGCGACUCGUCGAGCGAGAAGUCACAGAUGAAUCGGUCCUUCCAUUAUACAUCUCCGCUCUCGAUGACCUAUACGAUAUUAUGAACCAGGUUUACCAACGGAGAUCUGCGCAGCAGACGGGGGUUGCUUUGAUGGAUCUAUUGAUCGGGUGGCUUUAUCGACUACCUGAACAAUUUAUUCGAUUAUUAGAGGAGAAAGAGCCUCGGGCUCUUGUGGUACUUGCCUACUGGGCUGUGAUGUUUCGAUACAUGGAGACGGCUUGGUUUAUGAAGGGAUGGGCUGCGCAUGUUCUCUCGGGUGUAUCUACAUUUAUACAAGCGGAGUACCGGCCGUGGAUUGAGUGGCCAUUAAAUAAGGUGCGGGAGGUUGCAUCGGAAUGA